AUGCUAGAUAAACUUCUAAGUCGCAUCCCCAGCCAUAAGGUUGAUGUAUGGUGCAGUGAGGAUUAUAUGAGUCCGACUGCACCGCCCGGUACGCCGCCACCCGAUACACCGACCCCCGAGCAUCUGUCUGACUGGUGGGACGUUCGGCCGGCAGAAGAUGGUGGCCAGCAAUGGCUACGAAUGCAUGAGCUGGCAUUUUGCAAAAACGAAAUUCUCAUUGCGUCGAUACGUGCUCAACCUACCGGGUCUACGGACUUUAUAAAAAUGUGUCCUGGACACCUAGACCGCUUCAUCGCUGGUAGUAAUCUAGCUUUUGAUCUACUGGCUCCAGUAAGGCGGUAUGAUAAUGGAGUACACCUGGACCAGAUCCGUGACGCCAGCACGCCCGUCGUUCUCCUUCAUGAGCUAUCUCAUUCGAUAAUCCUUCUUGAGGUGGACCACCGUACAUCCAUGAUAGUUGAUCUAAAGGGGCAAGAUAAAGGGUAUUACUGGCGAGAGGUUAUAUACCAUGCAACAAACAAUGCUUAUAAUGCUCUAAAGAAUGCCGACAACUUUGCAUAUUUUGUGCUUGCAAUGUACCUCCAUAAGAAUCACUGGGCUACCGGGCUUAGCGAACCCACGUUCAACGACGGACCUGCCAGGGACAGCCCUCCCUGA